UAUUUUUCUUUCUUUCCCGCUUUGUUGCUUGGAAGUGACGAAAGGAGAGACCAUCAUGUCGGUGUUGUCCAGUGUGCACGCCCAGGUCCAUGAGACCGUGGGUCAGGCUGGCAGUGUUGUGACCAACGCGUGGCAAUCCCUGCUUGGCGUCUUCCCCGAGGCUGUUCGCCAGCACAUCACCGUCACCCGCGCCCUCGCUGCCACCGCCGUCGGCCUUGCCGUGACCUCCUACAUCAAGGGCAACUACUUCCGUGGCCCCAACGCCCCGCCCAAGGUGCGAUCCGUCAUCCCCUGGGUCGGAUACGCCGUGCAGUUUGGCGAGCGCCCCAUCGAGUUCCUCCUCGAGUGCAAGGAGAAGUAUGGCCCCGUGUUUACCUUCACCAUGUUUGGAACAGACGUGACGUACUGCCUUGGUUCCGAGGCCUCGGCCAAGUUCUGGGGGUCCCACAACGACAUUCUCAACGCCGAGGACCUGUAUCGCAACAUCACUGAGCCCGUCUUUGGCGAAGGCAUCGCCUACGCCGUGCCACACAAGGUGUUCUCUGAGCAGAAGCAGAUGGCCAAGGAGGCGCUGACGAAGAAGCGCUUUGAGGCAUACACGAGCAUCAUCGAGAAGGAGACACUCGACUUUAUCAAGGGCUGGGGCGACUCCGGCACCUUUGACUUCUUCGAGCAGAUGGCCAAGAUGAUUGUGUUCACCGCCACCCACUGCCUGCACGGCAAGGAGACGCGCGACAACUUUGACGCCACCGCCGCCGCCCUGUACCACGACCUCGAUGGCGGGUUCACCCCGCUCGCCUGGUUCUUCCCAUACUGGGUGCCCUUCCCAAGCUUCCUGCGGCGCGACCGUGCGCACGUUGAGCUGAAGAAGCGGUUUGGCCGCGUCAUUGCCAUGCGCCGCGAGUCUGGCAAGGUCAAGGCUGGCAGGACCGAUCUCAUGGAGACGUUUAUGACCGUUCCCUACAAGAAGGUGCUGGACGGUCGCACCAUGACCGACAACGAGGUUGCUGGUCUCCUCAUUGCUCUCCUCAUGGCCGGACAGCACACCAGCUCAACCGUCUCAUCAUGGCUCAUCUCCUUUGUCUGCACGGUCCCUGGGCUGCUCGACAAGCUGUAUGAGGAGCAGAAGAAGGCGUUUGAGAUCCUGCCUGGCCCUCUCUCCAUGGAGCACCUCGACCACAUGCCGCUGCUGCACGCGUGUGUGCGCGAGACGCUGCGCCUGCGCCCACCCAUCAUGUGCAUCAUGCGCCGCGCCCGCGAAGACUUUGUUGUCAAGGCCGAGGGCCGCACAUAUGCCAUUCCCAAGGGCUCGCAGGUGUGCGUGUCGCCGACUGUGAACCAGCGCCUGCCGGACGAGUGGGACGACCCCCUGACAUUUGACCCAUACCGCUUCCUCAAGAAGGAGGAUGGCAAGUACGUUGUGACAAUGGGCGAGCACCUGCCCAAGGGCGGCCGCUUCAAGUGGGUGCCCUUUGGCGCCGGGCGCCACAGGUGCAUUGGGUUUGAGUUUGCACAGCUCCAGAUUCGCUGCAUCGUCAGCACCCUCAUUCGCAACUUUGACCUUCGUCUCGCCUCAGGCAAGCUGCCUGCGAUCAACUACCGCACCAUGAUCCACACCCCACUCGACGCCAACGUCGUCUACAAGAAGCGCCCAGAGGCCGUCGUCUAAGCCCGUCUCGCCCACCAUUCGUCGUGCCACAUAUCAUGCACCCCGUGUUUGUAUGUCUGUGUAUGUCUGUCUGUGUGUGUGUGUGUGUUUGUGCAGUGAUGGGGGUUUUUCCUGUACCUGUGCCUAUGUUCCAUGUCAUUUCUGCGCGUGUCCACCCACUUGCCAUUUAGCUCUCUUUCUCGACGUGUGUGUGUGUGUGUGUGUGUGUGUGUGUG